UGCUGCUUUUGUUACUCAAGGCGUCACGACAGCAGUGGAAGUGGGCAGUCAGCAUUUGAGCCACUGGUAGCCAAUGGUGCCCCUGCUUCUCUCAUACCUAAGCCAGGCUCUCUGAAGAGGGGCCUCAUCUCACAGUGCCCAGAUGACUGCUCCAACAAGAGGUCUCGCACCUCCUCCAUGAGCUCCCUCAACAACACCUACGCUGGUGGGAUCCCCACCUCCAUUCGCAAUGCUAUUGCCAGCUCCUACAGCUCCAGCCGGGGCCUCACACAGCUGUUGAAGAGAAGUGGUGUGAGCAUGUCCCCUCUGUCCAGCCCAGCGUCCUCCCGCCCCCAGACACCAGAGUGGCCUCUCAAGAAAGCCAGGGAAGAGGAAUCACAUCGUUCCAACACUUCCACCCCAGUGAAAUCAGACAAGGAGCUGCAGACAGAGAAGGUGGUGGAGUCACCGGUGUGGAAGAAGCAGGAUUCCUUGAGCCCGCCGUCUGCACUGGGGAGCAGUGGGAAGCGCAAACGGAAGAUCCCGUUGCUGUCAUCUCUUCGUGGGGACCAGCUGGUGCUGCCCCCGCCACCUCAGCUGGGCUACUCCAUCACCUCAGAGGACCUGGAUGCAGAGAAGAAGGCAGUACUGCAGUGGUUCAACAGUGUCUUGGAGGAUAGGGCUGAUGCAGUCCCCAGCACCACUGCAGCGACAAUGCCUGUGUCCAAGCCGUUGGUGUUUGCUGUGACCUCUCCUGUGCCUAUGCCUGCUUCCACAGCUCCUGCUCCAGCCAACUCCUCACUCCUGGACAGCCUGAAGAAGAUGCAGGGCAGCCAGGCUUUAUCCAUAGCACCAGACUCCACUGGAAGUGCAACAGCAUCCCAACCACCUCCAUCAUCUGCACAGCCAUCUGCUCCUGCUGUGUCAUUGGAGUCGAGCUCUCUGCCUGCCAUCUCUGCUGACACCAAGCCUGUGCCUGUGUUGAGCACACCUGGCCCCAGUGCUCCCCCUGCCCUGGCAGAGCAACCGCUCAGCAGCCUGGCACCUCCUGUGUUCACUGAGCUGGGCCAGACCCCCAGCAAGCCGCCCUCUUUCCCAAAGCCAAGCGCCCUGUUUGGGAUGCUGAACACUGCUCCAGCCAGCCAACCAGCACUGACAGCAGCCUCUGCUGCUCCCUCUGCAUCCACUGCUGUGCCCACCACAGCCACUGCCAUGCCCACCACAACCCCCAUCUUCAAACCCAUCUUUGGUGCUGUGCCAAAGAGUGAGAAUGCAGCAGUCUGCACGGCUGUCAUUUCCACCACAGCCACCGUGUCUACAAGCUCAGAUCCUGCCUCAACGUCCUCCACAUCCUCAAUAUUCAAGCCCAUCUUUGGCAGCAUUGCCACAGCUUCAUCUCCAGCAAAAGUCUCUCCUUUCACCUUCAAACCUGCUAUACAGCCAGCCUCAGAGCCACCAACUGCCUCCACAGCUACUCUGGCAGGAUUCACAGGUCUUCCCAGUAUCAUCUUCACCACGGCAGCAACAACUGCCACCACCCAGAGUUCCUCCACAGAUGCCACCAUUAAACCCGUCUUCAGCUUUGGACUGAACUCGCCUGCUUCCACUGGCCCUGCCCCCAGUGUGACUGUCACUGCUGCCACCUCCACCAGCACAACACAGCCCUUUCUGUUCGGGGGCCUUGCCAGCUCUGUUCCCAGCACAGAAGCCAGCUUUGCCACCUCAGGGCCUAUGUUCCAGUUCGGGAAGCCACCUCCAGCUACAGUCACUGCCACGACCAGUGUCCCAGGAGACCCUGCCUUUGGUCAGGUACCUACAAACUCAACAGCUGUUGCCACCACUGUGGGCUUUAGCAUAUUUGGGAGCACUACACUAACCUCCUCUGCCCCAGCCACCACCGCUCAAGCGCCGCUGACAUUCGGCUCCUCCAUUUCAGCUUUUGGCAGCUUUUCAGCCAGCACAAAGCUACCACCACCAUACCCAGGCACUGAGAGCCAACUCACCUUCAGCGCUGGGGCUGCUGAGAGCCAGGUGCCUGCCAGCAAGCCUGCUGCUGGCCCCAUCAGCUUCACCCCCUCAUUCAGUUUUGGAGCCCCCCCAGCACAGUCAGUGGCUCAGGCAGCAUUUGGCAGUGGUGCCCAGCCAGCUUUUGGCACAACCAGUGCCCAGGGCUCCUUUGGCACCAGCAGCACCCAGGCAGCUUUUGGGACCACCACCUCAGUGUUCUCUUUUGGAACAGCCACCUCUACCACAUCCAGCUUUGGUGCCACCACCCAGACUACAAGCAGCAGCACCAGUGCCACUGUCUUUGGUACCACCCCAUCUCCAUUCACUUUCGGGGCCACCACCAGCACCUUUGGUAUGGGUACGCCGGGCCUCAGCAGUGGGUCUCCAGCUGUGGCCUUCAGCUUUGGGACUGGACAGGGUGGGGCAGCCCCAGCAGCAACACCCUUUGGCUCAUCUCUGUCGCAGAGUGCCCUGGGAGCACAGGGCCAGAGCACACCCUUUGCCUUCACCAUGACCAGCACUCCCAACAGCAAGCCUGCAUUUGGAGGAGCUCCAGUGCCUACCUUUGGGCAGGGCACACCUGUCCCUGGAGCUGUGGGCAGUGGGAGCAGCACCCUUUCCUUCAGGACACCCAGCACUCCUGCCUCGAACUUCGGAGGGGUCGGCACUUCCUUUGGUUCAUCCACUCCCACCUUCUCCAUCGGGGCAGGAUCCAAGAUGGGCACUCGACAACGGCUACAGGCACGGAGACAGCACACCCGCAAAAAGUAACCGUAGUGCUGCUGGGCUCUGCUGGCCCACGUGGGGGGGGACUCUGUCCUGGAGCUGUCCCUGUGGUGGGACCAGGCCCCAUCCCUGACACCCACCAGAGACCAUGCUGGGACAGGAUAAACCAAACUCUUGUUACUUGAACAGUUCCAGAGCCAAGUCUGGACAAAUCUCUGUACAUAUUCACAAUGUUCUUUCCCUCAAUUUAUUUUGCCUUGUUUAAUAACAUGUACAUUUCUCCCCA